UUUACCCUAUACCCCUACAAUUGUACCCAUACCCCUACAUUUAAAUUUUUUUGACCAAAAUACCCUCAUAUAAAUAGGGUAUAUUUUCCGUUUCAAAAUUUUUUUACCAUUUUCGUUGAAGACUUCCGGAGAAGAAAAUUUUUUGGCGUUUUUGCAUUGUAUACCGGAACACUUAAGAUGGUUCGAAGAAGAGGUGCAGAUGGCCGGAUUCCAGUCCGCACGUUAGACCGGGGUGCAUCUUCAUCUGCAGCUGCAGCUGAGCCGACUGGAUAUCCAGGAGGGCCGUACGAUACAUCGCUUUUGGUGAAGUACGAGCAUCAUGUUGCUCGACAUAUAUGGUUCGGUGAGGAAAGAGGACCAAAGAAAGAGUUGAAGGUUGCCGGACAUGGACUGAAGUUGAAUUCUAGGGUUCCAUUGGCUCUUCCACCACAGAUGGAGAGUUGGGUAUCUAGAUCCGGUUUAGCUUCACUGCAGAGAACGAGUCUGAACAAGAUAGACACAAAUCUUGUCUCUGCAUUUGUGGAAAGAUGGCAUCUAGAGACAUCUUCAUUUCACAUGCCGUUUGGUGAAAUGAGCAUUACUUUAGAUGAUGUCGCAUGUCUACUUCACUUGCCCAUUAGGGGUAUCUUUUGGAGUCCUCAGGAUGUGACUGAAGAGCUAGCUGUUGAACUUGCUGUGGACUACCUAGGAGUGUCACAGAGUCAGGCACAGUCACAUGUUCGGAGCUGCAGGGGGUCGUAUUACAAGUUGGAGUGGUUAUAUGAUAUAUUCGUACAUCAUAGGGCUGCUUCCAGCUGGGCAUAUGCGACUAGAGCAUAUCUAUUGAUGUUGGUGGGUUCCACCAUAUUUGCUGAUAAGACCUUUACACUUGUAGAGGCACGAUACCUCCUCCUGUUUAGGGACUUGGAUGGAUGUUCAGGAUAUAGUUGGGGAGCAGCUGCACUAGUUACCCUCUACCGAUAUCUUGGAGAUGCGUCCAUGUACAGUUGCAAACAGUUAGGUGGAUAUCCUACUCUCCUACAGGUAUAUAAUUUAAUUUUGUUAAUUAAGUGUUGGAUUCAUUUUAUAAAAUAUUGUAACUUAAUUUGUUUUAUUUAUUAUGUUUUUAUUUUGUAACAGUGUUGGAUUCACGAGUAUUUUCCAACUGUUGGAAAAAGAGGGGAGAAUUGGAAUCCUGCUGGAAACUGUGGUCUUCCUCGAGCGAUGAGAUGGUCAUAUAGACAGGGAGUCCUGAAGGUCGAUGAUUUACGACCUAUUUUGGACGAGCUGACACCUACCGACGUCAUCUGGCGACCAUUUGAGGAUCAUAGAGCAUGGCGUGUAUUUGAUGAGAUAUGUCUUUACAGGGGCUGUUUGAAGUGGGGUGAAACAGUUGUUCCAUACUUGCCUGAUAGAUGUUUACGUCAGUUCGGGUAUAGACAGUAUGUUCCAUCCCCACCUCUGGAUUGUAUGAUGGCGACGGAUAUUGAUGUUGAUUGGAUCAGUUACCAUCAGAGUGUUGUCGAUGUGAUCGGUUCAUCUUCCGUGGCCACCACUCCAUUUGAGGUAGUAGACGGUUAUCUGGAGUGGUAUUAUCGUGUUUCCCAUCCACGGUUGGUCCCUCCCCAUCGUGACGCUCCUAGAGAGGUACCCGUUCCUGUAUAUGACGCCGGGCCAUCUGAUCCUGAUUGGGCUCGUGUAUCUACAUUGAUUCGUCGCUAUCUGAGACAGGUUAAUGCUGAAGAGGAAGAUCCACAGUUUUCUGAUUUAUUUGAAGCUUUGCAUAUUUCUCGUUCACAUUGAUUAUAUGUAUUAAGCUUUGAAUAUAAUAGACAUAAUAAUAUAGAUUUCAUGUUUUGAUUACA